AUGAAGUUCACUGAGAUAAAUUUCAAUAUAAAACUCUUGAUAAUAAUGUUAGAGGGUCAAAAGAUUAAUAGUAAAGGGCUAAUAGAUAUUAACUUCUUGAAUGAGAGCCGUAAGGCGUCCAUAGUGGGCCUAAAGAGAGAGAUCAUCUUAUUUACAAGAGAGAAUAGAUUUGAAGAUCUCCACAAUGUGACUAAUAUUUGUCUAGUUGGUAUACAUGAUCUCUAUAGUGAGCCACAAGAGACGAGUCGGGGUGAUGCGUGCUAG